AUGCAUGAAGUGGAGGAAAAGGCCUCUGGAGCUGAAGCAGGAUCAAAAUCGGAGAUGGGGAGAGAUAAAUCCAUAGCCGGACAGAGCAGUGAGAUCCAUGAGAUGCCAAUCCUGGAAGAACAUCACGAAAGAAAGUGCAGGAAUAAGAACCCUUUGGCUGAGGAAACAUUCCGUUGCAAGUUCAUUGCUAAUGUACCCAGCAAAACAGAAACCGGGGAGAAAGCAUUCAAGUGCCUGGAGUGCGGCAAGAGCUUUCGUAACAACCUCAGUUUGAAGGCGCAUCAAAAAUCCCACACCGCAGAGAAGCUCUAUAAAUGCUCGGGCCAGAGCAACAGGUUUCCUGAUAAGUCAGGUCUUAUUAGGCAUCAGCAAAUUCAAGCAGGGGAGAACCCAAAUAGAUCACUAGAACGUAGAAAGCAUUCCAGUAAUAGGGGGAAGCCUGCCAAACCCCAGUCCAUUCACUCAACCAAGAAACCACAUCAAGCGGGGAGAAGCGGAGAGGGUCUCAGUCAGCACAAGCAACUUACGUCACAACCCGGAACCUGCGAAGGCGAGAAGGCGUGUAAAUGCACAGAAUGCGGGAAGGACUUCAGAUACAUUUCAGCACUGGAUUUACACAAAAGGACCCAUUCAGGAGAGAGACCGUACCAAUGCUCAGAUUGCAGCUGGAGUUUUUCAGACAAACAAACGUUUGUUAGGCACCUGAGAAUCCACACGGGGGAAAAACCGUAUGAAUGCGUAGACUGCAGAAAGACCUUCCGUUUGAGUUCACAACUCAGCGUACAUCAAAGAACUCACACGGGGAUAAAACCAUAUAAGUGUCUGGAGUGUGGAAAAAGUUUGACGAGUAGCGGAGGCCUUAAGUCACAUCGAAGAAUUCACACAGGAGAGAAACCUUAUAAAUGCUUGGAGUGCGGAAGGAGUUUCAGGCAAAGGACUGGCCUUGCAUCUCAUCAAAGAAUCCACACAGGGGAGAAAAGAUACAAAUGCCCAGUGUGUGGGAAGAACUUCCGAUGGAGCACAGCUCUCACUUCCCAUCAAAGAAUCCACACAGGGGAGAAACCGUACAAGUGCUUGGAGUGUGGGAAAGGUUUCCGCUAUACCUCACACCUUGCCUCACAUCAAAAUAGUCACACUGGAGAGAAACCGUAUAAAUGUGAUGAGUGUGGAAAGUGCUUCAGUCAAAGCUCAGGCCUCAGCUCACAUCGAAGACUGCAUGUUGGGGAGAAACCAUAUGAAUGCUCAGAGUGUGGAAAGAGCUUUAUAGCGAGCUGGUCUUUAGCUACCCAUCAGAGGAUACACACAGAGGAGAAGCCGCACAAGUGCUUUGAGUGUGGAAGGACCUUCAGAUACCGCAUCAGCCUACAGGCACAUGAACGGACCCACACAGGAGAAAAACCGUAUAAAUGCCUGGAGUGCGGAAAGAGCUUCAGGCAGACUACACACCUUAGUCAGCACCGAAGAAUUCACACAGGGGUGAAGCCAUACAAAUGUUUGGAAUGUGGGAAGAGCUUCCGUGUGGGUUCAGGCCUUAAAAGUCAUCAAAGAAUUCAUACAGGAGAGAAACCUUAUCAGUGCUUGGUAUGCCAAAAACGCUUCAGCCAUCGUGGACAUCUUCUUGAACAUCAAAAAGGUCACACUGGGAAGAAACCGAAUAAGGCCUCUUGCUCACUCACAGCUUCCCGCAGAAAAACCAAGCAGUGA